GGGCGCCGCGUAGGUGAUGGAGAAGGCGGCCGCGCGCCCAAUCCCAGUCGCUCGACGAUAGUCGCUCCGGCGGACUGCUGCCGCUGCUCCUCCGCGUCCCGCUUUUCGGCCAGCGCUCGCACGGCGAAGGAGAACGGUUUCGCGAGAGCCGAAACGUCGUGUCGCCGGCGACCGUCGAGUGCGUGCGCGCGUCUUGCAACCCCGAGCUUCUUUCAUCGGACAACACAUCGUCGUGUUUUACACCUGGCUCGAUACUACAGGAAGUGCGGAUCAGCCGAGACGUGGGGCUCGCUGGGAGUUUUUCUAGUGGAGGUUCAUUCGGCAACUGCGAUAUAGUCAACGGCAGCGAAUCUGACCGGUGGUCUUCUGGUGGCCGACAUCGGUGCUGCAUGUCGCUACGGACCGCAUCGCCCCGUUUGGUGUGUGUGUUUGUGGACGGGUGUCUCGCGGGUGUGCGUGGCCGGUCGGCCUGUACCGCUUACGCGGAUUCCUGACGGAUUUCUAGAAGAACGAGCACACCGCGAUCGAGGGAUCGCGAUACUACAGGUGGGAGUGAGCCUACGGCUGAGUCUCUCGGCGACGUCACAUCAGAGGCGACCAUGAUCAGCCGGCGGAAGAUCCUCUCCCGGUCCCGGGACGAGCUGAACGUGGACUUUACCGUCGAGGACGAAGAGGACGUCUGGUACCAGAAGGAGAAGCUCUUCAAGGACCACAUUCAGGAGGUGCUGAACAAAUGGGGCCAAAUCGACGACGAAAUAUGGGCCAAGAUCAUCUGCAUGGAGCGCAACCGGCGCGUCGCAAAGGCAUACGCCCGCGCAUCUGUUCUCACCAUCAACGGCUCCAACGAGGGCUUCGAUGGGUACAGAAUCGGCCUCUGCGGCUUCGACAACCCGAUGCGGGACCCUAGGACCGAAGAACUAAAGAAACAAAUCGGCCACGGAGUGAAAAUCAAGAUGGACGAGGCAGGCAACAUCAUGAUAAAGCGCGCCAGCAAAAGCAACGUCUACAUCAAGGAGAUCACGGGCGGGGAAAACAACAGCGUCAGCGCAGACAUCAUCCGCAACAACGGCCUCCUGGAGUACGACAAGCCCGUCAAGCUGUUCGACAUCAAGAAGUUCCAGCAGAACGUGUCCCGUGAGCUGAAGCGGGCCUACCCGGACAGGCGGCACCUGGAGGCGCAGUGCCUCAGCUGCGUCUGCUUCGUCAAAGACAGCCCCGAACUCCUGGACUGCGCCGUCUGGGUCAUGGUCAUCAACAUCGUCGCCCUCGACAUGCUCAAGACCAAGCUGCCUCCGCCCAUGUCCAAGCGCCAGAGCGCCCCGAACCUGGUGAGCGUGUUCGACCGGCCGCUGAGGCUGCCCGAGGAGGAUCCGUACAGCCUGCCGGGAGCCGUGCCCCGUCAGCAACCGCAGCCACCCCGGGAAUCGAAGCCACCGAAGCUGCCGCCGAGGGAUUUGCCUCGCGUCAGUGUGCCCAGGCCUGACUACGAGGACGUGGAUACCACGGCCCGACCUCCAGCUCCUGUCAACCGGAAAAAGAACCCUGGCAUGUACGAUGACCCGUACUACUGCGGCUUCCGGGCGCGCGUGCCCAACUUCGCCAAGCGCGGUCAGGAGGACGGCCACCAUGCGGUAUCCGGUCCCAUGGCAGGCGCUCCCAUGCCGCGAAGCCACAGCCAGAACUACCUGAGCCUUUUCAAGGGACCCGAACGAUCCAUCUACGACUCGGCUUACGGAAGCUGCUCCACCGUCACGCACCACGCACCAACAGGAGGAGCAGGAGGAGGCUUCAGCGGCGGCGGAAGCGGCGGCUCGAGCGGCGACGACGACUACUCCAAGAUCUACGGCCGCAUCGGCCGGGGAGCACCGAGCGGCCCCUCGUCGGCCUACAACCAGCUGCCCCGCCAAGUGUACGUCGGCGAGUGGGAAUGACAGGCGGCCCGCGACGGGGUCGCCGCCCGUCGUCGAGGCCGCCAGCCUACCGCUCCGCUGUCGCAGCUACAGAACCAGCAGCAGCCCCUCGCGUCGCGACUGCCUCCGCCGCUGCCGCAGCCUCGGUGCUCGAGGUCGCUGCCGACCGGCGCCGCGGCACCGCAGCCGCCACCCGCCUGGAAGCCGCACAAGAGAAGCGCCCUUUACGGCCGAGUCAGGGCCGUCUUCUCCUCCGGGAAGCACUGAUUCGAGCCCCGACCGCCAAGCAUGUGCGGGAGAAGAAAACCGCAAGCCGAGUGUGGCACGCGACACUUUCUGCAGCGCAGAAACUGCUCGAAGAACAGAUAAGAUGGGAUGGCCGAGGCGUCUGCUCUGGUUUCUGCUAUUCUCCGGUACCGCCUGGACAAGGCAAGCGAACACUGCGGGAGCACCGAAUUUGUGCUCUGCAUAGCGUGCCUAUAAAACCCAGGUAGCAACCUCAUGGGCGACAAAAAACACCGACUCUGCCUCACCUGCAGUCGGUCUUCAGAACCACGCGUAAGCCUCUGCUGUCAAAGACGUCACCGGAAACACGUUUGGAACACGGUGAUGUCGUGGAGGCCAUCGUGCGCUGCGCCACCACCUCUAGGGACGAAGCACAUGAGCAUGCAAUCGGGAAACUGUGGCGGCUAGACUCAUCUUACAGGUUGCAACCAAAAAGAAACCACGGGCCGCUUUCGUCCCGGAAAGUGAGCCACGAAAGUUCUCACUCAGGCUGCGGUGUUGUUGCCAGACCUGAGGAUCACGCACGUCGUCCAGUCUUCGCCAAGGGCAACAGACACAGGAUCAUGAGUGCGACUUCAGAGAAACAUCCACUGCCGAUGUGCCGUGUCGCGGCUUGUUCGUCGAAACAGUGCUUCCAGAAUUCAGCAGGCGGUUGAACUGCUACGGCGUGGCUGCUGCUUUCAACGUGAAAAUGCGUCUUCAAUCUUGCCAUGCGGUGGUUCGUCGAAGUCAUGAGGUUUAGGACCAGAUAUAUGGUCCAGAUGAGCCGAGCAUCGGGUCCGCGGCUCUAUGAGGAACAACGUCUUUUUUUUUCGUGUUUGCUUUUGAAUUGUUUAUCUGUGUGCAUGUGCUGCUUGCCCGUGCGUGAAUGUGUGUGGCAGGUCGAAUGCGAGAAUGAAGAGUGGCCAGCGCCGAGGUUGCUUCCUCAGCGAGGAAGAAGAGAAGGACACGUAGGGCGGUUCUGAGUGCCCUGUAUGCAGCAACAAUCGAGUGACGAAAUGGUGUUCUUUAUUUUUUUUAUAUUUUUGGUUUUGAACGUGCGCAUUGAAACUACUGUGAGACUGUUGCGACCACCCUGACUGUACAUUUUAGGAACCAAGCAAACACAUCCGUCGUCGCCACUGACCCCACGACGUCCGUGAAGCAGUGUGCCUCUGCUUGCGAUGUUUGUUAUGGUCUAUCCUCUUUUUCUUACUGUUCCAGCCGCACGCAGACGUUCUAGCAGUCAAAUGUGGCUGACGAUCGCUUCCUUUGUUUGUUUACUUGUUUAUUUUUUUAAAACCUACGUUGUUAUCCUGAUUGCCUGUACACGAGACAGACCGCUUUGCGCUUGAACGUGAGCUAGCGUCUCGCACGUCGCUUUUAUUUCAUUGUGGUUAUUGUGUUUUAUUUUAAGCAGUCGAGAUGAACAUCGUGGAACCCCGACAUUUGCAUUGCAGAGUCCUAAUCGCAAAUAAAAUGCUCCCAUCGCGAAGCCAGGAAAGUGACCGUAGGUUCUGAACAUAACCAGCACAAAUAAGCACACUUUGGGCUUAUUCUUGGAAACCUAUGUACACCGUUGAUGGUGUAUGGACUUCCCGAAUCAUGCAAUUUCAGCACACUGGGAAGUGCUGAAAACGAAUUUGCGCGGUCACCUCAUUGAGACAAGAAUGGGAUAUCCACGAUGGUCCCUUCUGCAAGUUGUCCUUUUGCCUUGGUUUGUUCUACGUGCGUAAUACUUGUUAUUGUUACACCGGAGCCCCUGCAUUUGUACUCCACUGUAUAGAUAGUUUGCUCAGUGCUUCGUGUUACCCUUAUUUUCGUUUCUGCUACAUAGCCUCGCAAUAUCUAUAUGUCGUACUCUUUCUCGCUACUUUUCACUGACUUCUACUGCAGCAACUGACUGGAGAGCAAAACGACAAAGGUCUCAAGAAGGGGGCGCUUCCAAAGUGGAAGAAAGUAACAGCGAUUUUGUUAUGCUCAUCAUAACAAUGAACACAGUCCGAUUGAUUGAACAAGCUAGGACUGCUAGCAACCUGCUGCACAAAGUCGGUGGGAAUGGUAAAGCCAUUCUGGUAGCCGUGAUGGUUCCCCCAAUAAUAGUAACGUCCAACUGCCGUCACAGUUUCCCAAGAGUUGCCGCGUUAUGCAUUGCCAUUGUGUGGCCCACAUCAUGCGCAACUUAGGUCGCAGUGAACUUCACAAACCUCUUAACUUUCUCCAAGAAAUUUUCCCUUCCAACUAUUCGCGGCAAAAAGUGAUUCGUAAUUUUCAGAAACUGGGAACCACGAAAAACGACCGAACGAGUAUGUUUAUUGUUGGUCUGACAUUUCCCCAACUUCUUUUUUUCUCACUUUCUUGUCUUUUCGCUACUUCAAGACAGUGUUCCACGUUGCCAACCCACUGAUGACCUCUGAUUGUUCUCCUUACUUACGUGUCCUGUUGUUGACGACGACGAUGUCCGGUAAUGCUAAGUUAAUGACCUGCAAACAAAGCUAUUUUGUUUCGUGCUGUUAUGGAAGAGAGCGUGAAAAGUGUGACGUCUGCGCACCUAAUGGUGACGCACAUACCUCUCGCUGGAAGUAGGCGCGUCGCGGAUGGUAAAAGAAGAAACAAGAGAGAAAAGAAACUGCCAAGCCUGUUGUUGUAAUUACAAGUUGUUUUGACUAAUGUCUUCGUUAUUUAAUGAACUCGUAUAGCUUGUUUCAUUUUUUUUUCAUCGCGAGAAGUUCAUUGCUAAUAAAAACAAGACUUUCAGA